GUAAAAAUCUGGCUACGCCGCCCCCAAGGGCUCCUCUUUUUUUCUCUUUUCUUCGCACCCACCUGCUGCCUGCCCACCAACUCUGGUUCCAUGGCUGGACUCGUCUAAAAUUCCCAAGCUGCCCUUAGAUCCAUUUUCUUUUUUCUCACUUUCUCCAUUUCAAUCCGAAUAAUUGGCUUUGCCUGCCCUAAAGCCUCAUUUUCCGAUCUGAUUUCAGUUGACGGCAACAUAAGACCCAAGAGGAAAGAGGAAGAGAAAUGGCGACGGCGAAAACGGGACGGUCCACGCGAGCGACGGCGGGAGCUGCAAAAGAAAACGGCACGAAAAUCGAGGAAGGCCUGAACGUUUUCAAAUCCGAUAAGUUCGACGCCGAUGGUUUUGUUCAGUCCAAGUGUUCUCUCAACGACAAGGAAAUAAGGCAAUUAUGUUCUUAUCUAUUGGAUUUGAAGAGAGCUUCUGCUGAAGAAAUGCGUAAAAGUGUAUAUGCUAAUUAUUCCGCGUUUAUACGCACGUCUAAAGAGAUAUCUGAUUUAGAAGGAGAGCUUUCGUCUAUAAGAAAUCUGCUUUCGACGCAGGCAACGUUAAUUCAUGGUUUGGCUGAGGGAGUUCAUAUAGAUUCAUUGUCCCCCAAAGCUUCUGAAGGCCCUACUGCUAAUGGCUUGUUGGAUAUUGAAGAUAGUGAACCUUCAGAUCUGGAGAAAUGGUCAGCCGAAUUCCCUGAUCUCCUGGAUGUUUUGUUAGCUGAGAAGAGAGUAGAUGAAGCUCUGGCAGCGCUUGAUGAAGGAGAACGUGCAGUUGCUGAAGCAAAGGAAACAAAAUCAUUGAGUUCUUUGGCACUUACAUCUCUAGAGACUACUAUUAUAGAGCGCAAGCAAAAGUUGGCUGACCAACUUGCUGAAGCUGCUUGUCAACCUUCUACACGCGGUGCUGAACUUCGUGCAUCAAUAUUGGCUCUUAAAAAGCUAGGUGAUGGACCACGUGCUCAUACUUUGCUCCUUAAUGCACACUUCCAAAGAUAUCAAUAUAACAUGCUUAGCCUUCGCCCAUCAAGCACCUCAUACGGAGGAGCAUAUACUGCUGCCCUUUCACAGUUGGUGUUCUCUGCUAUUGCUCAAGCUGCUAGUGAUUCCUUGGCUAUUUUUGGCAAGGAACCAGCUUAUACUUCGGAGCUUGUAAUGUGGGCAACGAAGCAAACGGAGGCUUUUGCCCAUCUUGUUAAAAGACAUGCAUUGGCUUCUUCAGCAGCUGCUGGUGGUCUAAGGGCAGCUGCAGAGUGUGUUCAGAUAGCUUUAGGUCAUUGCUCAUUGUUGGAAGCUCGUGGUUUGGCACUUUGUCCUGUGCUCUUGAAACUCUUUAGGCCUAGCGUUGAGCAAGCGCUUGAUGCUAAUCUGAAAAGAAUUGAAGAAAGCACUGCAGCUCUGGCUGCUGCUGAUGAUUGGGUGCUAACAUAUCCCCUAGGUGGUACUCGUCAAUCUGGCUGGCCCUCUAGUGCAUCCGUUGGUAAUACAACAGCAUUUCAGCAUAAACUAACAAGUAGUGCUCAUCGAUUCAAUUCAAUGGUCCAGGAGUUCUUUGAGGAUGUGGGACCACUAUUAAGCAUGCAGUUGGGAGGGCAAACACUGGAAGGGUUGUUUCAGGUGUUUAACUCAUAUGUAAACAUGCUCAUAAAAGCAUUACCUGGUUCAAUGGAUGAAGAUGCAAACUUUGAAGGUACCGGAAAUAAAAUUGUGCGAAUGGCUGAGACUGAGGCCCAACAAAUUGCUUUGCUAGCAAAUGCAUCAUUAUUGGCAGACGAACUUCUCCCACGUGCAGCCAUGAAGCUUUCCCCAAAUCAGGCUAGUUACAAGGAUGACCACCGUAGAAGAACUUCAGAUAGGCAAAACCGUCAUCCUGAGCAACGAGAAUGGAAGAGGCGCCUUAUGAGUUCAGUUGAGAGACUAAAGAAUACAUUUUGUCAACAACAUGCCCUAGAUCUCAUUUUCACGGAAGAGGGUGAUAGCCAUCUUACUGCAGAAAUGUACAUUAAUAUGUAUGGUACUGCAGAUGAGGUGGAGUGGUUUCCAUCUCUAAUAUUUCAGGAACUCUUUGCAAAACUAAACAGGAUGGCUAGCCUGGCAGCAGAUGUGUUUGUAGGAAGGGAAAGAUUUGCUACAUCGCUAUUGAUGCGACUUACAGAAACUGUCAUCAUAUGGCUGUCAGAAGAUCAAAGCUUUUGGGAUGAUAUUGAGGAUGGACCAAGGCCUUUAGGUCCACUUGGUUUACAACAGUUUUAUCUGGAUAUAAAAUUUGUCAUAUGCUUUGCUUCCCAAGGCCGGUACCUAUCAAGGAAUUUGCAUAGAGUUGUCAAUGAAAUAAUAGCUAAAGCCAUGGCUGCAUUUUCUGCUACAGGGAUGGAUCCAUAUAGCGUGCUGCCUGAUGAUGACUGGUUCAAUGACAUUUGUCAAGAUGCAAUAGAAAGAUUAAGCGGAAAGCCAAAAGCCGACCGGGAUCUAAAUAGCCCUACUGCCUCCGUUUCAGCACAAUCAAUGUCAUCCGUCAGAUCGCAUGGGAGUUCCUAGGCAUAUGUUUCCACCUUUGUAUAUUUGACAGCUAACAGAAUUGGUAAAUGGAUCUCUCCAGGCAGAUCCCUGUAUUCAUAGUAAGGCAUUUAAAUUUUUUUUUCACAUUUAAUUCUUCUUUAAACCUUGGUUAUUCUUUUCCUAGGUUCGAUGUAUGCAUGAAUCAUGGUCAUAAAGUUAGGAUUCAGCGAAUCCAACGGUCCUCCCCCUUCCCUUCCCUUCUUUUUUGCAGUUACCUUACAUUUUGGUUUGAGUGAGUCGUGAUUAUGUAAAUGUUGAUUGCUUGAUUUGUUUUUUAGUCUCCGGGAACUAAUCAUGUAUAAUUCUUUGAUAAUAUGGUUUAAAUCGUUUGUCUAUUCAUUUAA